GUGUUGUUAAACUGCUUAGUCGAGAAUUGACGUCUAUCUAGGAGACUGUAGGUCAUAAAGGAACAAUCUUGAUGGCUGACCUCUAUUUGAACAUACAUGGCUCACUUUUAACCAGCAAGCACCAUUUGUCUUGAGCAUUUGCUAAUACAAUGCUAGUUAUGGCAUCUUCUGGGUAUUUUGGUGACGGUCCUCCGAUGCGCGAGCGUGACCCCUACUUCACUGAGGCCAUCAGCCAGAGGAUGCGCGUGCCCGAGCGGCUGAGGGUCGGUCCAGUGCCUCACGCGCACGCACCUGCAGACCAAAGACAUGAAGAGCUACCUGCUGCCUACAGCAUGCACAUCCCAGACAGACUGGCCUUAACAGAUGCUCCUGAUCUGAGUCCACACCCUCUCUUCACUAAACACACUUCAUCAAUGUGGGACCUGCAGCAUGGGUCCUGGGACAGGGAGGGGUUCAUGAGAGAGCCUGUUCAGAGUCCACUGCGAAGGUCUUACAGUGACCAGGGCUUUGGUCGAACCCCACCUGGAACCCCCACACACUCCAGACAAACACUCUACUCCCAGUCUCCGUUUGGUUACCCAGAAAACCAUCCCUCUCAGGCUGUGGAGGUUCAACCUGAUCAAAGCAGGACAAGUGCCUCGCAGGAGCUCUGGCUCAGUCCUGAAGAGGACACAGGUACCGCUGUCGAGUUCAUGGUGCUCCGCAGACAGGUGCUGAAGAUGAGCAGGAGGAUAGCAGGGCUGGAGAGACAGAGCGCAGAGCACAGACAGACGGAGCUGCUGCUGUUCUCUCUGUUACUGUCUGCCUGUCUGCUCAACGGCUGGCUGUGGAUGCGCAGAUGACGGCUCACACUAAACAGACAGCACUACACUACUGCACAAAAUUUGUUCUCAUAAAAAUGAUGGUCAGUGGAUGGUUUAGAAACCACUGUCAUCAGAAUGAGAUGUUUAUCUCUGAACCUUACACUCGGAUGUGUCACGUGAUCACGGUAGUGACAUGGGCCACUUUGCAUUACAAGUGAUUUGAGGAACUCAAGCAUGUUUUUCCACUGAUGAUGUCAUUGAGUAACGCCGUCCCGCUGGCUCUUUUGAUCAGACUAGUAGCUAGUUUUUUGUAUUUGACUUAUUCUGCAAAUCAAGCAAAUGCUGAGAUUUUCUGCAUGCUUUACACGUAUUUAUUAAAGUAUAGAUAUGAAUGUAUACAUGUAUAUUUGAAUAGCCUUUUUAACUCAUUUCCCCAGCCUGAUGUAUGAUGAAUAUUUAAAAUAAUAAAAACUGUAAUUCGUCUCA